CCUCAAGCUUCAUAACUCAACAGCUAUGUGGAUACUCCCGCUCGUCGGCUAUGCCGGCGUCGUCCUCGGCUUCGCCUUUCUGACCCUCGCAAUCGCCUCGGGCCUCUAUUACCUCUCCGAGCUCGUCGAGGAGCACACCGUGCUGGCAAAGAAGCUGCUUACGAACAUGAUAUAUGGCAUAAUGGGCUUGCAGCUUCUGCUGCUAGUCGUGGACCGAUUCCCCUUCUUUCUUAGCGCCCUGAGUAUCGUCUCACACGGCGUGUAUGCGCAGAACUUACGGCGGUUUCCGAUUGUCAAGCUCUCGGACCCGCUCUUUUUAGUUUCAUGUGCGCUCGUAAUAAUAAAUCACUACCUGUGGUUUCUACACUUCUCCUCGCCUCCCUCCCGUCCCCCUCCCUCCUACCCCUACGGUCGCGACAUCUCCGCCCCUUCGUUCACCGAAAUCGCGUCCUACUUCGGCCUCUGCGUCUGGCUUGUGCCCUUCGCCCUCUUUGUCUCCCUCUCUGCCGGCGAGAAUAUUCUCCCAUCUAUGGGCUCCGAGUACGCAACCGGCGAAGGAAGCAGCUUCGUCAGCGCUGGCAAGGAACCACCCGCGAUAGGUGGAGGAAUCGGAGGGGGCGCCGGGACAUUCCCGGAUGGGAGCCGGCGGAGGGCAAGGGCAGGGACGGCGAAUGCGGGUAUGGCGAAGGCGGUCGUCAACGGCGCUAUGCAAUGGGUGGGAGAGACAGGCGAAGUUAUGGGAUUUUGGCGUGGUGAGCGAACGAGACCAUUUUGAGGAAAAACGGAGGAGAUUGAUGGGACCGUAGAAAAGUGCUGCAAUCCCGUGCUAUUUGGGGUUUGUAUAAUGAUUCAUGUAAAGCUAUGCCGGUAAUGAUUAACCAAAGCGAGCGGGGUACAUUCCUACUUAUAGUCCAACCUGGCGCCUAGUUUGGCUGGAGAGACAGGUUCACACUUAGCCAAUCUAAAAUGAUAGGACGAAUCCGAGAUACUGCUGCGCGAAUGCAAGUGAUGAGACCAGGACCAAUUCGAGAACCUCCAUAUUGGCCGG